AUGAACAAAGGGUUUUUUUAUUUUACCCUGUUUUAUCUAAUUUUGCAUAAAUCUACAUUAUUAUUUUGUAGAAAAAAAAAGGGAAAAUCAAACAACAUGUUUUACCCUUUUAUAACAUUUAUAAUAAAAAAUGUUUCAAAAAAUAGAAAAAGAAAAAGUAAAAACAAAAUUUGUACUAACAUUCUAAAUUAUAAUAUUUCUAUACCAAACAAUUGGAAGCUUUCAAAUGUAAACAUAAAUGAGAAUACAGUUGAGAUUGACAAUUUCCCCCUAAAUAAUUACAGUAUUAUAUCAAUUGACUAUGGAUAUAGCUUUAUGGGAUUGUGCAUUUUAUCAAAAAGCAAGUACAUAUAUGAAAAAAUUAUGUCAAGACAUAAAAAUUUAAUAUAUAGCAAUAAUUUUGAUUUACCCAUAAAGAAGAAUGUCGUUCUAUUUUAUGCCGUUUACUUUAAAAGCUAUAUUUAUAAUUUCUUUUCCUUUUUUCAUUAUUUAUUUGAAUUCAUUUAUAAUAGCAACAUCCUCGUAAUCAUCGGGUGCAACGGGUUAUACAAAAAUUACAAGAGAGAAAUACCGCACAUGAACAAGCUGGCAAGUGAUAUAGGAAGACACAUUUGCUAUUUUAUGAAUGAAAUUAACGGAAAAAGAGAAAAGUAUGCUGAAAAAGUUUCUUUUGAAGUAAGAGAUGAAUUAAUUACAUUAAAAAAGGAUGAUAUUUAUAAAAGAGAACAAAUUAGUUAUUUUGAAAAUUAUAAAUUUUUUUCGAAUGGAACAAAAUUGGACAUAAAAAAAGAAAAUGCAAAUAAUACUUUAAACUUUUCAUUAAAAAAUAUGGUAACCAAAGUAAAGGACGAUAAUAAUACUUUAUUUUCAAAAUUUUAUAACAGAAAUUGUAAAAAUAGAAGAGAUAGUUUAUCAUCCUGCUAUUUAUUACAUUACUUUUUGAAAUAUUAUGAACGUAAUCAAAAUUUUUUUCUUUUGCCAUCGAGAAACGUUAAUUACAUAUUUCAUAUGAAGAAAUAA